AUGAGACAAUUCCGGUUGUUAGGCUUCGCGGAUUUGUAUCAACACAUACUGAAAGGAUCGGAGACCGUGCCUCUAUGUGACUGUGUGGCUCGGAUUCUGCGCUUUCUGCGUCAUCGCGACCCGACGGUGUGCAUUGCUGGUGUUGACGGGGCCCUGGAUGCCUUUGUGGGCGAGAAGCGCACCACUCACCGCCAAGCUUUGCAGGCCGCUCGCGCCGGUCGUUCGGUCUCUGAGCUCGAUGCACCCGCUCGUGCUCUCCUCCUCGAGCACUUAAUUGAGUGUGUUUAUGACGAGCGGCCCGACCUCAGCUUCAACGCUGUUCUAAAUGCGCCCAAGGCCAACGCUGAGAGGGACGUCGGCGUUCUUGCUUCUCCUGACGACGAGAGCCUUCUCAUCAAAGUUGGUCAAGAUGCUUCUGGAUCAAGCUACUACUACAUGGAUGACCUCCGUCUCUAUCGCGAAACCCCUCAAGGUGGCUUCUCAUCGCACUGGUCCGUGGCUGUUGGUCCAACAAUUCAGCAAUGGACCUCCUUCAUCGCCUCGCUGGGUCGUGCUGGAGAGGAGGCGGAGUUGUGUCACUUUUUGAAAAAGGAUCUCUUUUCAUACGUACAGGAAUGUAUUGAAAACCCAUAUAUGAGUGACUUCGCUGAUGAGCUCAAUUCGGCUCGACUUCUGGACAAGGAGGCGGUUGAAUUAGCAGAAAUUCGGCAGCAAAGAGGAUUGCCUGUGGUUUCUACGUCUCUCCCUUCGGUCAAAUCCUCGACUUCCCCAUCCUCUCAGGUCGCUGCGCCCCUGGCGACAGAAGGCGUCACUGGCAGUAGUGCGGCAAGUAGCAGUGGCAACUCUACUUCCACUUGUCCUCUCACUCCGCCCAACGAAACACCCUCCGUGCUCCCUGGUGUAUCUCAGGCCUCUCAACCCACUGCAUCCACGCCGGAGUCAUCUGCCGCGCCUAUGAAGGCCAGUCUCACUGCUCCCAACACGCCAUCCACUGGAGUCUGGAUACCGGAUAGCAGUCAUCCGUCCUCAUCAACUGUAGUAGGAGGUUCGACGAGGGCAACCCAUUUUCAGCACCCAAACAGCGUGGAACCUCCGCACUCAGUUUACUCGCUCUGUUCCUCCUCACCGUCUCAGCAGCAUAUCAAAUUGACUAAUGAGCCGGUGUCAGGGCAGCAGCAUUUACUUGAUUCGCCCAUUCGGCGACCGGCCAGUGGACCCAUGCCUGCAGAGGUCGCUCAUCAAGCGGACGGUGGCCAACCACACUCGGCUCCGCCCUUCUCCGCUCCUUCGUCUGUUGGUGAUGGUCGCAGGAGAACUUCCAUAGUCUCUAAUCAAACCUUUCCCAUGAGCGGACAAAAGCUUGAUGCCGCUCCCUCCCUGAGUGGUAGCGCGCCUCAACCUACGGCUGCAGUCUCCGGCCCCCUCCCCCCCGGCCCUCUCAUGUUACCCCCGCACGCCCUCGUAUUCACUACGGAGAUGGCUAACGAGGCUGCAGCCAAGUGCCAACGUACCCAAAUGCGCAUCACGACUUUCCACUCAAUGCAUCCACUGGUACAGCAAUUCAUGCUGCAAAGCGGUCUAAUUCCCGGCGGUAACUCUUCCGCCAUUGGUGGCAGCUCUGCCAAUUGUGCUGUCACACAGGAGCAGCUGGAGAACCGGAAGAGUAAAAUGGCUCAACUAGAGAAAAUACACUCGAAACUUACUAAGAGCAAAAUGGCUUCUACUCCUGGCGCCGCAACGGUUGCCGCCAUGCAGCAGCAACAAAUGUACGCGGCUGUCGCUGGUAAUGGUGGUCAAUUAUCUCAACCAUUGGCACCUCCUCUUCCGCCACCUGGUGCCGCCAUUCCUCCAAUUCAACACGACCCGCUUCAUCUUCCACCCCAUCCUACCGAGGGCAUAUCUGCCGGCCUUAAUCAGCAGCCACGUGGACUGAUGGUUGUUCGACCUGACGAACGUGACUUUGAUCGGACGUCGUGGCUGCAGCAGCAGCGGAAGCACCCUGGCUCGAUGGGGGACCCUAAUGGUGCCCACUUCCAGUAUAGUGGUUCGAUGGACCAUAUGGUUGUUCCCCCUCCUCCUCCAGGCGGUGGAGGUCCUCCUGUCCUUGUGGUCCCUCCAAACAAUGCUUGUGGAUACCCGCCUCCACCCAAUAAGUUCUGUGUUCCUGCACCUCCACCACCACCAUACAAGCGUCCCUACCCACCCGAUAUGACACCUCCUGAACAGCAGUUCUGGGAUCAACAGCAAGCUAUGUUUGAGCAGCAUCAGCAGCAACAAGCCAUGCUGAUGCAACAACAACAGACCGUUGCCACCACUCCGGUGAACUGUGGUCGGCCAACUUCAGGCAGGGGUGGUCUAAGCAAGAAACGCAAGUCGGUUUCUGGAACAGUUGGUCGAUCGGCGUCGGCUCGCCCUCCACAGCUGCCAUCUAUGUCUCCCUUCAGCAGUCCACAGCGGUUGCCACAACCUCAACCACCUGCCAGUAUGAUAAAGUCUGGAGGUUUUGGAAGUGUCCCCAUUGGGCCUCUACGCAGCUCCGCUCCAGGCGGUUCAUACCAAGCCAUACCCAGUGAUCCGUUGAACGGCGCAUAUGUGAAUCCUAGCUACCGAGGCUCCGCCAUUGCCUCUGGCAAUCCAUCAACAGUGAUAGAACAGCCUCAAUAUCCACCAGUUCCUCCUGGUUCUACAAGCACUCCCCUCCCACCCACAACCCAACAGCAGCUUUCCACUAGCGGUUACAGUCACCUGGUGGACAGUGUCCCUGUCUCCUCCCCUACACAGCAUCUCACUUCUGCGAGCCUCGCGAGUCUUGCGCGCCUCUCCCAACUCUCGGGUUCCGAAGGCCCCUUUUGUUCCCCUCCUCCCGCUGUCUCGACUAACUCCGCCCCCUCCUGUCCUCCUCCACCCUCGGGGUACUCAAGGAUGGCCUCUGCACCCGAUAUUCUUGCCUUCUCCGGUGGCGGCGGUCCUGCCAUGAUUGCCAAUCCCGAUAGUGAUCCAAGCUCUCUCUUCUCAAUAGGCUCUGCUCCCACAAACUCUAGUACUGGAGGUGGUGGUCCCUCUUAUCAGGCCGUGGCGAUACCCCCAGGAAGUCAGCAGAUUUCGCCGCAGCAGCACUUUUCCACAGGUCCUAGCCAACCUGUGGGCGCUGUUCGACCUUUGGAUCAGGUGCAGCCGCCAGGCCCCGGCGGUUCUUACACACCCUCGGAUCAACCACGAUCAGCUGUGGAUCCCUCCCCCUCUGCGUCUCGAUGCCUUACACCGACUUCAGCUCCACCCAUCUGUCCCACUUCCGUCUCUCCCACAACCUCUGCAACUGUAAACUCUAUGCCUCCCGCUUCUGCUGCGGCGUCUCAGUCUGCAUCACAGCAACCACUUCCCCCUCCUCAGUCAAUACAGGUCAAUAAUACCUUCUUCAACGCACAGUUGAAUGUUCAACAAAUGAAUUAUCAACACAUCAACGGGGGCUGCUGCAGCGCUCAGAUGCAGAUUCAGUUUAUGCAACAACAUCCCUACUACGGCAGCAACGGUUGCCCAGUGCCACAGCCUCCACCGAACCAGAGGAUUGAGUCGCGUACUCCACAACCCCCAAGUAAUGUGCAAAUAAUGCCAAAGACUCCCCAUACCAUUCAAUACCUUCCCACCUCCUCUGCUCCCGUCAUCCCCACGUCAUCUGCUACAUCUGGCGCUUCUACCCCUCCGAUGACAUCAACAAACACGAUUAGUGUGGUCGGAGGACAGUAUCCACCACAGCCGGUUUCUCUCGGUGUUAACGGGAAGCCGCGAAUUUCGCAAUCAGCGGCCUCUACCGUUCCGCCACCCGUGUCGAGAAUUCAAUCACCCACUCACUCUCAGGUGGCCCCUAAUGCAGUGGCCACCAGCUCCACAGCUCCAUCAGCCAACCCCUCAACAGUUGGCGUCGGUGUCGCUACUUCUACUUCAGUUACACCCGAGCAUCGGGCGACGACAAUUUCACCCAGGCAGCAACAACAACAACAACAAAGGGAGCAAAAAACAGAUCACUCACAAACACAUCCAGCGCAGCUUCCUAUGACAAAUAUGGCACAGGGCUCAAUGGCAAUAAGCAGUAGUGGUGGUGCGAUUCAUUCCGGGGAGAUGACGGCAUUGCCUUAUGGGAUGUACGUGGGCAGUGGGGUCGCCACUACUCAGAAGUAUCCGCAGGGCUUCCCGGUGUCCUUAGUGGAUGUUCCUCAGGCGCAGCAGUUGGACAGUAUAAAUCCCUUCGAUUUUCCCCAAGGUGCCACUACGUACUCCGUCUCCGCCUCCAACGCGAACGCCCAGCCUCGCGGGCCCUAUCGCGAGCAACUACACAUUCAAUACGCCUCACCAGCAUGCUCGAGCACUUCUGUGACUUACAGAGUGGAUGCCGAGCUUCCGUCCUCUGCCCCAGCCCCCACCGCCCCCACCUCUUCCUCCGCCGUCACCUGCACAACCACUGCCACCAAAAAGUUCCUCCCCUCGUCCUCUCAAAUGUACAUGGGCGAUAUGACCUACCAGCAGCAGCGUUGGCAGCAACAACAACAGGUUCAAGUGAUGGCUGGAGGCGAUUUCUACGUUCAACAAUCUCAAAAUAGCACCGGUGGUAGUAACAGCGAUGUCAUGAUGAUGCCUCCUACGGCAACAAUGCAAGCAUCUCAAGCACAGCAGCAGUACUAUAUGCCACCGCCAGUGGGGGUCCCGAGUCACUUGCACCAGCAGUUGCAACCUCAGCCUCCUUCGCAUGCCAGCCAUUCACGGGCUUAUCCUGCUCUCCUACGUGACGUUGGCGGCCAUCUGAUGGGUGGCUUGGAUGUGAGUCACGGCCACUGGGCUAAAAACGAAAAGGAUGACGGGGAUGAGUUUUAUGGCGCCGUCACUGAACGUGUAGCCCCACCUUGGUCCAGCAGCAUCAUCAGACCCCCACAUUUUGUGACGAAAGUUGAGGCCUUUAAAAAUAAUGGAAAUGAUUACGUAACAACGGUGAAUACGACCGCUACCAAAGGUUUCAAAUAA